GAAAUGAUAUAAAAUAAAAAAACAAACACCUAAAGCGGUAGAAAAUUAACCACAAACAGUUAGGAAUUCCAUGGCUUUAAUUGGAAGCCUACGGGCCGAGACCGUAACCCAUAGCAAUAAACACUAGACUUCGAUUACCAUACCUUGUUAAAAGAUAACAGUAGCAUCCAAACCAACAAUUCACCUCCUCCAAGCAGAUCCUUUCAAGUCACCCUACGGUACACAUAGUUUUAUUGCCCAACCACCCAAAACAAUCCCUUCCUUUCUUUCUGUUAUUAACUUCUUUCUCUUCUUCAUCGACCGAGAAACCAAUUGUAAUCGUCAAUCGAUUUUUUUUCUUUUCCUUCGCAACUUUAUUGCCUUCUCUGCUCCCAAGAAGAUUGUAUAACUGUGCCUCUCUUUGAGAUCCUUUCGGUUUUACGUUUUAACGCCGUUGUUUAUUCGGCGCGGGAGAUACUGUUAUAGCUGUUACAGUGAACGUUCGGCAAAAGAAGAGUUGGGUUUUUAAGAUUUCGAUUAAGUCUUUACAAGUCGUUGGUGCGGACGAAUAUGGUGAGAGCUUAUUGACGGUUAUCGGAGAACAACCGAAUGGUACAUUUUAUAAUUUAAUUAAACUAAAGUGAGAUUGUGGGACUUGAAAGGAAAUAAAUGGGACCGAUAACUAAAGUGAAUGAUGCUAAAGUGGGUUCCUGGAGUCAAAUAUAGUUCCGAAUUAAUUGCUAUUCCGGGCUCUGACCCGCGCAUAGCGACAUGCCGUGCGAAACUCCAGAACAAACGUUCGAAACUCAACCAGGAAAUCAACAAGGAACUACGCCUUAGAGCCGGUGCAGAGAACUUAUUUAAAGCGACCACGAAUCGAAAGCUAAAAGAAACCGUCGCCCUCGAGUUAAGUUUCGUUAAUUCGAACCUUCAACUACUCAAAGAACAACUCGCCGAACUCAAUUCUUCGGUCGAACUGUACCAACACGACAAUACAAACGAUGUUAUGCCUAUGAUACCAUUAGGACUUAAAGAAACAAAGGAAAUCGAUUUUAGGGAUUCGUUCAAAGAUUUUAUUUUAGAACAUUACAGCGAAGACGCUUCUCAAUAUGAAGACGCAAUAGCUGAUUUUAUGGACACAAGACAAGCAAUGAGAACUCCGUUGCGUGAUAGUGCCGGAAUCGGUCUUCUCUUCAGAUACUACAACCAGUUGUAUUUCGUGGAAAGAAGAUUUUUCUCGCCGGAUCGAUCUUUGGGAAUUUACUUCGAAUGGUUCGAUUCCUUAACCGGAGUACCGUCAUGCCAACGAACGGUCGCCUUCGAAAAAGCGUGCGUCCUCUUUAACAUCGGCGCGGUUUACACGCAAAUAGGCGCCAAACAAGAUCGUACCACAGCAAAGGGACUCGAUGCCGCCGUUGAUAGUUUCUUAAGAGCCGCUGGAACAUUUAGAUAUAUCAACGAAAACUUUACGAAUGCUCCUUCUAUGGAUUUAGGGCCCGAUAUGCUAGAAAUGCUUAUACAACUCAUGUUGACUCAAGCAAGAGAAUGUUUAUUAGAAAAACUCGACCUUCAAUCACAAGAAAAACGUUCAAUUGAUAUUUGUUUCGAUUUGGCACAAGAAGCUCAACAUCUCUCAGAUUGUUAUAAUCACGUUCAUAAACUUAUCGCGCAUCCAUCGGUAAAAGAUUACGUUCCAUACAGUUGGACGGCCGUUGUUCAAGUGAAACGUGAGUUUUACGGCGCGAUGGCCCAUUUUCACGCUGCCAAAGGUAUUCUGGACAAAGAAGCGGCGAAUAUGUCGGCUGCAACUAAAGAGGUCAUGGAAUAUCUGCAUGUAGAAAGCGCAUCUACACAACUUGACAUCAGAAUACCAAAAGACGAUACUGAAAGAAAGUUAUUAGGAAAAGCCCAUUUAAGAGAAGCUUUACUUCUUCAUGAAGAAUGCCAAAGACUUCACAGAAUGUGUAGAGAAUUAAAAGGCAAACAUGCCUUAAUAAACGUUCUUAGGACGGCCCAUCGAAAUAUAUUACAUUCUUAUACAUCACAAGAACACGAAAAUGAUUUUCGAGAAAUUUUAGAUCCACCUGAAAUUCAAGCUGCCACAAAAUUUCAACUGUCUCUUACCUCACCAGACUUUACACAACACCGAGUAAAUGAUUUGUUCAAAAAUUUAGGACCAAUCGCAAUAUUUUCAGCUAAGAGACACUGGACGGCACCGAGAUUAAUCCAAUUAUAUCGAGGAAGAGUUACCGAAGGAUUUGGAUUUUCUGUUAGAGGAGAUGCUCCAGUUAUUGUCGCGAUUGUUGAAACAAAUUCUUUAGCAGAGUAUGGUGGUGUUAAAGAAGGUGACUUCAUAGUGGCUAUUGGAGAUGUAGAUGUAAAAUGGUCGUGUCACGAUGAAGUAGUGGCUCUUAUUAAAAAUCACGGGGAUACUUUAAGUUUAAAAUUGGUUACACCAAUGGAUAGGAAUUAUUUGAAGCCUUCUAAAACAACAAAAAGUACGGUAUCGACUCAUAGUAGCAGUUCAGGUGUGUCUAGUGAAAUGUCGAGUCCUUCGGGUUCAAUUGCUCAACAUAAUCAUCACAAUAAGAGACUGUCUUGGAAUCCGUUUAAAAGGAACUCAUCGCGAAACGCUAAAGAUAUGUACGAUAAUAUUAUAUUUAGAUAGAAAAAGGAAAAGUAAGUUAUUAUAAAAUUAGAUUU